CAUGACGAUUCCGCAAAUGGUAUUUUUUUUCAAUUACUUUAAUUUUUAAGUAAAAAAGGAAUCAGAAGUGAACGAGGACACCAAAGAAGAGGAGAAAAACAAGCUGGCCGACGAGGUCGAAAUGGACCUCAGCAAUUCCGUCAGCGAGGCCUUCAUCGAGAUCGUGUCCGACGAGUUCUUCUCAACAAACGAAGACACGACUGAGGAUUAUCUGGGCAUUUUUGACGUUUCGCCGCCGCCAAAGUUUACCGAGAUCAGCAGCGACUGGAGUUUUGAAACAGACUCCCCUGGCUCGCAGUACCUGAGCAAACUGGAGGCCGAAGAAUCCGUCUCUCCGGACAAGAGACAAAAUAGUGACACCCUUAUGGCGUUUGAGGAGCGUUUGAUGUCCGAACCUGACGAGGAGUUGAAAAAUGACAUAAGCCACCUGAAGCCAAAAGAAGUUGCAAGUGAAGUCAAGACCCCUGACCUGGAGUUGAAGGCUGCAGAUUUUCCAGCCGAGGAAAAGUCGGUGGAAAAAGUGCUGAGCUUUGAGAUCAAAGAUCCUGAUUUGGAAAUCAUCAAUGUGGAAAUAAUUCCGAACAAAGCAAAUUCUGGAGAAAACUCUGAACCUUUUGAGGAACCAAAAGAUGACCUGCCAGUGCACCAGAAUAAAGAACCCUCAGACGUGAAAGAAUCAGACCACGGAGACGACUUUCAAGAGAAGUUUGAAGCCGAAGAGCCAGUGGAGAAAAUCAAAGAGCCUGAAGUGGAGAAAAUGUUGAUCCUGCUUUCUGCAGAAAAAGCUCCAAAGCAGUUGGAAGAAACUCCAGUCCCGAAAAAGCCGAUCCUGCUGAAAACCAAAGCUGCGUCAAACUCGGGAAAGGUCGGACCCUGCAGGAUUCCCAGGUUGAAUUGUCUCCUCCGCAGCUCAACUCCGUACAGCUCUGGCGCCCGCACGGCGCCGAUCGAGCGACCCAGGACGGCAACGCCGCGUCCGGUCCAGCCUCGCCUGCCAGCAGUGCCAACCCUGAGAAGCCUCGCCAAAACCACCCCACCCGCUCAGGUGCUCAGCACCCCUGCUACCCCUAGGAGGAACAAAUACUCCAACAUCAAGGCCAAGGUGAACAGCAAGCCGACGAGCAUCCUGAAGGUGCAGCCUGAAUCGAAGGAGUCCAAGGUCAAAAGGGUCGGAUGGAAGGACAAGCUCGAGACUUCCAUUCAGGACGACAGUUUGAAGAGCGCCGAAAAGGUUGAAAAAGAGCUCAUGGCAACUCUGAAGAAAAAGAUAGAGGAGUUGAAAAAUGAGAUAAGCCACCCGAAGCCACAAGCAGAAGUUUCAAGUGAGGUGAAGACCCCCGACCUGGAGUUGAAGGCUGCAGAUUUUGGUGCCGAGGAAAAGUCGGUGGAAAAAGUGCUGAGCUUUGAGGUGCAGAAGGAAGCCGUGGCGACGGCCGCGGACGACAGGUUGACCCUGGGCGUGACCCCGUGUCACUUGGUUUUCUCGUCCGAGGAGGAAAGUUCGCCCGAGCUGAAAGUGCCGACGCCGGCAGAGGUGACCAAAGAACAAGAACAAGAAGAAAUUGAAGAUGCGGCUGAGAGCGCGGGCGUGACCAAAGUUCUGCUCGGCGCAGCGGCCGUCGCGGGACUGGCCGCCGUCGGCUACGUCACCGUCACCCACUGGGACAAGCUGGUCGAGAAAACUGCGCCCAUCGUCAAGAACAUUGCUGACAAUUUCACUUUUCAGUUUUAA